AUGGCUGCUGAGGCGAGAUGCGAGGCUAUUCAAAGCGCGAAGCUCAUUGUGACGUACAAGAGAGAGAAGGACGCUGCUGUUCUCGAGAAGGAGGAAGCCCUUGCUGGUAUGGGCAAGGCGGAAAGGAAGAAGAGGAGCUCCUUAUUGGCUGAAGACUCACAGGCGAAGAGCUCGUCGCGUCCUCUAACACAGCCUGUAGUGCCAGCGCCACCACCAUCUGUGAAGUCGGCAUUGAAAAAGCCUCCGCCAGAGGCAGAAGGUUCGGAGAAUGUCAGGUCCACGCCUCCGAGCACGGGACAACUACAGGUCAGGGUGAAGGCUAAGGCGACUACCUCUCCUCCUGCUGCUCCUCCUGCUGCUGUUGCAGUGGAAUCGAAGAAUGCGUCACAGAAGGACAGUAGUGGGAACUUCAAGAAGAUGACACCAAAGAAAGCUCAGCCUAAAAGAAGCGCUGCGCCGAUGGAGGACCCUCCACCGAACAAGAAGAGGAUAUCGAUGUCGCCAGAGGACUGCAAGCAGCAAUGA